GCGGGCUUCGGGUUUCCGCUCCUGCUUAUUAAUAACGGCGCCUCUCCUCAUCUCGGGGCAGCCGCGGCUCGAGGUGCCCGUGCCGGAGCGGCAGAGAGAGAUGGCAGAUUUUGAACUUCCAGUGGAGCAGGAUAGUGAAGAAACCUUGGAGCCAAAUAUUGCCAGUGUAGGAACACUGCCAGAAUUUAACCAAGAAAAUGUCCCUGAGUUCUUCUACAUGGACCCCAUUAGUGCUCAGUUCCAACAAAAUCCUGAAAUUGCUGGGGCCUCGCUGGAGUCUCAGGAUUCCAUGACUUGCCAAGACUUGUCUGCUGCUGAGAGCCAACAUGUGGACAUGGAAGAUCUUGGGGAACGUUUCCAGCAAUGCAUUGAAGCAGUAGAACAGCUAGAGGAGGAGAGGGACUCUCUCAUUAAGGAACUCACACUCUUACGCCAACCAGCUCUCGAGGAACUCCAACGGGCCCACGAAGAGAUUCUGGAAGCCUACAGGCUCCAUACCAAAGUAGAGCUGGAGAAAGAUAACCUGCGGGAUGAGAUUCGACAGGUGAAGCAGAAGCUAUUUAGGGUGACGCGGGAGUGCGUGGCAUGCCAGUAUCAGCUGGAAACCAGGAGGUACGAAGUCGCUCAGCACGUGGACUACCAAAAAGAACUGGAGAACAGAGUCAGCCAGCUCUCACAAGAGCUGUCCCAGUUGAAAGAGACUUGUGAGGAAGAGAAGGAACAUUUUAGGCAGAAGCUGAAGGCUCCACGGCAUGAGAGGAGCAGCCGUCACCUCCAAGAGAGCCGGCGGCUUUCCAUGGAAUUUGAGAGUUUUGUACUGGAGAACCGUCAGUGCUUGGAGGAGCAUUAUGAACCGAAGCUGAUGCGCCUCUUGGAAAGGAGAGAAGCCAGCAGCAAAGCCUUGCAAACGACACAGUGUGAAAUCCACAGACUGAAGGAGACCCUGAGGCCGUUGCAGGGAGAAGUCAGCAAGUUGCUACUGCAAAACAGGAACCUGGAGGAACAGAUUCUGCUGAUCAAGCAGAAGCGCGAUGAAGAGGUCCUGCAAUACAAGGAGCAAGUGGAGGAGAUGGAAAACAGAAUAAGGGAACUGAAGACUGGAGUUCAACUUCAGCAACGAAAGAACCAAGAAUUGGAAGAACUGAAAGUCAGUUUACAUCAAGAACUGUCCAUUUUCAAAGGCUGCUUGGAAAUGUAUGGGCAACUCUGCGAAUCGGAAGUGAAGGAAGAUGAAGAUAAAGACGAAGACUGAAUCCCACGCACAGCCAUCUUUCCCUCUGCUUACCAAUAUGGACUCCAUCCGACUAAUACUGGUAGCAACCAAUAAGCAAGAUUUCUAGGAUGAGAGUUUGCAUUUUUACUGUCAAAAAGGAUUAUGAUUUUUGAGAUGUGACCAUUAUGACAGACCUGAUAUUAACAGAACACCAGAUAAGCAUUAUCAGCAAUUGUUAACAUGUACUCGGAUGACAUGUCAAAACCUUUGUCAAUAUUUAAUUUUCUGUAUAAAACUUGCUUAUGAAUAGUGAAGCGA